AUGGAAGCUUUUCGGGAGGCACUUAGGGAUGCCAACUUGUAUGAUUUAGGUUUUAGAGGUUCUCGAUACACGUGGGUGAGAGACAGGAGUCCUACUUAUCGGAUUUGUGAAAGGUUUGAUAGGGCUGUGGCAUCCCCUGAGUGGCGCUCGCUCUUCCCAACGACUAUAGUACGACAUCUUUCCUCUUCUUGGUCAGACCACGCUCCAAUCUGCAUCUCUAUUAAAUACACUGUAAGUGCUUUCAACAAUAAGAGGAGAAGGAGGGAGACCCGCAAAUUUGAGCAGCUAUGGUUAGGGGAUGAGGAGUGUGAAAGAAAAUUGGUUGAAAAUUGGCAUGGGAUGGGUGCAGGAGAUCCUGUUGCUUCAUUGGUUUCCUGUGCAGAGAAGAACUCUAUUGGAAGCAACGAUCAAGAGUCUCUUGGCUACAAGAAGGUGACCGAAACACUUAUUAUUUCCAUCACAAAGCCAGUUAGCGAAGAAUGA